ACAAACGGAGAGCGUCGGCUGCUCUGUGCAAGAAUGGAAAGGAAGAUGGAGGAGAACCCCGUGAGAGACGCCGAGACUGGCAAUGAAGCUGGAGGUGAGGAGGCCUUGGUGGGUAAUGUCAACAAGCUGACAGUGACCGCACCAGGGUACUCAGGAUCUCCAAGAAAAGGACAUCUGGUUUUUGAUGCUUGCUUCGAGAGUGGGAACCUUGGCCGUGUUGACUACAUCAGUGAAUUUGAGUUUGACCUUUUCAUCCGGCCUGACACCUGCAAUCCCCGGUUCCGCGUCUGGUUCAACUUCACCGUGGAGAAUGUCCGAGAGACACAGAGGGUAAUUUUCAAUGUGGUUAACUUCUCCAAGACCAAGAGCCUCUACAGAGAUGGCAUGUCUCCUGUUGUCAAGUCCACCAGCAGGCCCAAAUGGCAAAGACUUCCAGCCAAAAAUGUGUACUACUACCGCUGUCCGGACCACCGGCGCAACUAUGUAAUGUCGUUUGCCUUCUGCUUUGACCGAGAGGACGACGUGUACCAGUUCGCCUACUGCUACCCUUACACCUACUCCAGACUGCAGCACUACCUCGCCAGCCUGGAGCGCAGGAACCUUCCCUACCUGCGGAGGGAGCAGCUGGGGCUCAGUGUGCAACAACGGCAGCUGGACCUGUUAACCAUCACCAAUUGUGGUAACCUCCCAGAGGGAACGGAGAAGAAGCUCGUUUUCCUGACGGCUCGCGUUCACCCUGGAGAGUCUCCUGCCUCGUUUGUCUGUCAAGGUUUGAUUGACUUCCUGGUGAGCCAGCAUCCUGUAGCUCAGCUCCUAAGAGAUUAUGUGAUCUUCAAAAUCGUCCCCAUGCUGAAUCCUGACGGAGUGUAUCUGGGCAACUACAGGUGUUCACUAAUGGGCUUUGACCUCAAUCGCCACUGGCAGGACCCCUCUCCAUGGGCACACCCCACACUACACGCUGUCAAACAACUCAUAGUGCAGAUGAGCCAAGACCCGAGUGUUAGCUUGGAGUUCUACAUCGACGUCCACGCUCACUCCACCAUGUUGAACGGCUUCAUGUACGGCAACGUGUUUGAAGACGAGGAACGCGUCCAGCGACAGGCCGUCUUCCCCAGGCUGCUGUGCCACAAUGCGCACGACUUCUCCUUUUCCAGCACGUCCUUUAAUCGUGACGUUGUGAAGGCCGGCACUGGCAGACGUUUCCUCGGCGGUCUCCUUGACGACACGUCCUACUGCUACACUCUGGAGGUGUCUUUUUACAGCUACAUGACCUCUGGCAGCACGGCUCCCGUGGCCUACACCGAGGAGACGUACAUGAGGCUGGGCAUGAAUGUAGCUCGGACCUUCCUGGAUUACUACAAACUCAAUAACCUCAUCAAAGACAGUGUGCUAAGUCACCUUCAAAGUUCUGAAGUGACGUCUCAGUCUGACAGCAAAGGGGUGGACACAGAGAAGGAAAGGAGCCAGCAUGUCAGGCACUAGAUGGACACAGAA